AUCUCGGAAUGCGAUGGAGGCCGUCCAUCUAAUUUCCACCAACCAUUACCUUUUCCACUACUUUUCUCUCUCUCAACGGAUAACUCUGAUUCAGAAGAAACUCAACUCUUCUCCCUCACCUCCUCCAUUAAAAUAUUUAUUUAUGAGAAAAAACUAGAACUGAAAUUAGAGCUUGGGUUCAAUAAAUAAAUCGGAUGCUUUCAAUCAAUCGAUUUACGAAUGAAAAUGGUUGUUCAAUGAUCGAUUUUGAGACUCAAAUUACCUCAAGAGAAAUACCUAAAUCUACGAUUUCUCUGCACGACCUAACCCUAAUAUUCAGAAGAGGUAACAAUUAUUCGAUGAUGAUGAUGCAUGUUCAGUUGAAAUAAGACAUGAUGACGAUGAUGCAUGUUCAUAUUUCCUUCCCAGUCUUAUGCAUUACACCCUACUGCAAGUGCAACCCUUUCUUUUUCGGAUUUCAAUAAUUCAGCUAUUGAAUUAUUCACGCAAGUUUUACUGGCUAGCAAAUUCACACCUCAUACGUUAAGAAUAGUUGACAAAGUUUUGUGCACAAAACAUGUUCGAUAAAAUUCCUCUAUGUUCAUAUACCUGGCAGGAACAACUGAUCACUUCUCAAGUAAUCCAGUUCAAAUGCCACUAUGAAUGAGUCCAGGAGAUGGGAAGCCACUUCUCAAGUAAUCCAGUUCAAAUGCCACUAUGAAUGAGUCCAGGAGAUGGGGAAGCCAGAGUUUAUCGACACACAAAGAAGAGAGUCUAUAAUGUUUGAGAAAACAAUAUUGUAUGCAUCAAACCAUCAACAAAAGUGUAUGCAGAAACUAGACCUCAAGAUAAAGGCCGAUCUUCCCAACCUGUUCAAGCCACCACAUAAACGCGUUCUUCUGAAGAUGACAUUGACACUGCAUUUUUAGCUAGGAUUCAUAUGUUACAAUGAGUUUUGUUGCAGAGCGUCAUAGUUCUGAGAAAAUAGAAAAUUCGUAUGAAAAACAAAGGAUGGGAAGAGAUUUGGUUUAUGAUCCCUGGUCUUGGGAUUUGCUGUGUGCUGCUUCUUCCUCAGAACUAUACAGAAUUAAUCUGGAACAGUAGAAUGCUUCGACUUCAGAACAAAUCUUCAGUUUGUAGGAUUAAUUCUGCCGAACAUGCUGGUGAUACUAAUCAGGAGGUUACUGCGCCACAAUUUCUUGAUAAAAUGGCUGUUGGGACUAGUGACGGGAAGGUACACCAAAUGGCUGUUGGGACUAGUGACGGGAAGGUAUUGGUGUAUGAUUUGGGCUCUUCACACCCAACUAGAGUCGAGGAUCAUAUGCGAGUAAUUUUGUGGUAAGGAAGCCCUAUAGUAGACAUUAAAUGGUACCAGACCCUUAACUCGGAAGGAACGAAGUUGAUCACCACGGAUAGCCAUAUAGUUAGGAUCUGGGAUCCAGAGAGAGGAGAUAAUAUUACCAGCAUAGAACCAACAGGUGGAACCAUCAAUGAUGCACUUAUAUUCGACAAGAGCGGGCUAUAGAACACUUGAGAAAUACGUGCUCAAUAGUUUCAACUUCUAAAUGGCAAAAAGGACACUCCAUGGGAACCCCAGUAAUGAAUCUUACAAUGUUAGAGAACACACCAACACCAUCAUCAAUAAGCUUCCACAUAAAUGUAUGAAUUUUAGGAGCAAAUUUUUUCCAAAAUUUGACCCAAGGGAAUUAUGAAUCAUUAUACAUAGAAGACUCGCCAGCAUCAUUUGCCAAUAACUUUUGAUAGGAUUUAGAAGUGAACUCGCCAAGGUUAGUAGAAGUCCAGAUGAGUUUAUCUGGAGAAGCAGAUCUGUAUAUGGGAAUUCUCAAGAUGUGACUGGCUUCAAAAGGAUCAAAGAAUUGAUUAAGCUGCAUAUUCCACCUGGCCUCAUUAUGCAUAAUCAAAUCACUGACCUUCGAAAUAUCAACACAGAAAUGACUUGGUAAGGGUGGUUUGAAACCUGGCAAUGAAGGAAUCCAGGGAUCAGACAAUAUAUCCACUUCAGUACCUGUCACAACAGACCGCAAAGAAACAAUAGAUCUCAGUCGAUCAGAUCCGAGAUCCAACAGGAACAAAGGGAGAACGAUCAAAGAAAUUACGAUGCAGUAAGUGUCCAUACUACGGAUACAGACACCGUCGAGGAAUAUGAUGAAAGGACACAUGCAGUAGGAGCUGAAAGAGAGAUCGAAGACAACAUAACCAUUGCAGAAUUUAGGCAGCGAUUGGCAGAGGAAAGAAGAAGGGAAGUAGAACUACGUGCGAAUUUGACACGACAAAAUGAUGAGUUAAGAGAGGAAAAUCAGAGACUACAAGAGCAAAGGUCACAAUCAAGAUCCAGAACAACGCGUGCGAGCUCAAGGUCAAGGACAAGCAGGAGUACUACUAGGAAGAGUAGAUCUGAGCACGGAGAUAAUACACAAGGGCAAUUUUCGGAUAAUACUUUUCAGGAAAAUGAAAAUUCGCAGGAGGAGCAAGAAUGGGAUCGCAUAGACGACAGGUAUAUCCAAGUGGGAGAGGAUGGAACCAGGCGAAUGCGUCGUAGAGAAGGUAGAUUGGAGCAGAAUGGGGAGCACAAUCGCACGCCUGAUGACGAACAACGAGAGAAUGACGUAGAACAAGCAAGGAUGGUACUUCAUGGAAGAGAGAUGCUGAGACAGUAGGAUGAGAGAGAUAGAGCAGCACAAGAACAUGCGAGAAAUGAAAGGGAAAGGCGAAGGGAAAGAAGAAACGAGGAAGAACGGAAACAGCUAGAAGAGGCAAUACGUAGGGAUGCACAUGGGUUGGAUUGGGUCGGGUUUGGCCUCACCCACCACCCAACCCACUGAUGGUGGGUAACAGAAGUUGUCACCCGCAACCAACCCAACAUUACAAUGGAUCGGUUUUCACCCGACCCAUAUUACGGUGGGUUGGAUUGGGUGGGUGGUGGGUUACCCACCAUAAAAUACAAUAAACACUACAUUACAGUUACAUACUUACAGUCUUACUGUUAAACUUACUUGUAUACAAAUAACUAAGACUCUUACAGAUUGGAAGUAAUAGCUUUUAUCAAAAAGCUGACCCCAA